UGAGUGUGGCUCCAAACUCUGAGCGACAGCAUGUGACGAUAGCUAGCAGCUGCCACUGUCACUCACAAUGUUAACACACAGAGUGAGCUGAUCAGUGUUGAACAUGGCUGUCUGACUACGACGGUACACAAGAAACUAGAAGGCAUGGCAAUAUAACCACAGGCUUUAGAACAUAAGAAACUUUGCCCUCGUGGCUCAAUUCCGAGCCAGGAUGAAAAGUAUUGGACUCAUUUCAGUCUUCAAGAUUCUCUCUCUUCUGGUUUUGGUCAGUUUGAGUAAUGGCAUACAGAGAGCACCUCGUAUUAUUACAUUAUUGGAGACAGUGGACGUAAUACUGGAUCACAACGCAACCUUCAUCUGUGAGGUAGAAUCCCAACCUUCCGCAGACAUCACAUGGACCAAGAAUAACCAACCAAUAAUGUACUAUGACCCCCGGUACCUUACUCGAGAGCAGGGACAAAUGCUUCUUAUCCCUCAUGUAAGAGAGAAUGACAACGGAGAGUACUGCUGCCUCGCCAGUAAUGGUAUUGGAGAGCCAGCCAAGAGCUGUGGAGCGCUACAGUUAAAAAUGAAGCCACAAAUCAAGCGCAAUCCAACAAAUGUGACACUUUUGAUUGAGUCCAAAGCAGUAUUGCCAUGCGUUACCUUUGGUAACCCAAAACCAGACAUCACCUGGCUUAAAGAAGAUGAGCUUAUUAAGGUCAGUGACCGUGUCAAUAUUCUUGACUAUGGCGCACUGAAGAUCAACUAUAUUCAGAAGGAAGAUGCAGGACAGUAUCGAUGUGUAGCCAAAAAUAGCUUUGGUUCGGCAUUUUCCAAGCCUGCCACCAUUGAAGUACAAGCUCCAGCACGAAUCCUGAGAGUUCCCAAGGAGAAGAGAGUAGCGUAUGGCAGCCAAAUAUCUCUGGAGUGUAAUGCCACUGGAAAUCCGAUCCCCACCAUCACCUGGUUAGAAAAUGGGAAUACUAUUUCAGGUGCAUCAGUCGAUGAGACCUUGGUGGGAGAAGUGGUUUUGUCAGUUCUUAGGGUAACAGUGAAUAAGCCAGCUCUUUACACAUGCUUAGCCUCUAACAGACACAGUGCAGGAGCCAACACUGUCAAAGCAACCGCUAGAGUGACUGUUCCAGAAUGGAGACUCUACAAGGGCGUUGCAGGCUUCUGCAGUGCGUAUCGCAGGGAUGUGUGCCGCACAAUUUUACGGGAAGAUUCACUGGUUUUCUUCAACAACUCCAUUUCUGACCCUGAGGACAUGCAAGAGUAUCUGGUUCAGAGCUGGUGGACAGAAUUAGAAGGACUCAGUAUACUAUGUGGCCCUGCUGUGCGUUCACUUCUCUGCCAUAACGCCUUCCCUGAUUGUAACCCAUCAGGGUUGGGACCUGCACCUAAACCUGUCUGCAGGGAGCACUGCCUUGCAGUGAAGGAGCUGUAUUGUCAUAAGGAAUGGCUGAUACUGGAGGGCAGCAUGUCCAUCCAGCCUGGACACUACGGUUCUGCCACAGACUCCCACAGUCCCCGUUUGCUGCUGCCCAAAUGUCAAGCUUUACCCAGUGUCCAUUCAGACCCUGAUGCUUGUACUCGCGUUCCUUUUGUGGACAUCAACACAGAUCAAAUAACAACGACAUGUUACCAUGACAGAGGGCGUUUUUACCAGGGUAGCAUGAACGUGACAAGGUCAGGGAUACCAUGUCAGCCGUGGGAUCGACAGGUUCCCCACCAGCACCGCUUGUCUGUGGAUGCCAUUCCGGAGUUAAAAAACUCUGAUAACAACUGCAGAAACCCAGCAGGAAUCAGUGAUAAGCCAUGGUGUUACACCUCAAAUCCUAACAUACGCUGGGAGUACUGUGCUGUACCACAGUGUGGGGAAGGAGGCACAGGUUCAGGCUAUGUGUCAGUGAUGAAGCAAGAGCCAGCAGGCCCACGUCACCUCCCUCCCACAACCGCAUCAUCUCCAGCAUACUCCAUGUCUGUCAUUGUUAUCAUUCUGUCUGUACUUGCGACCGCGGUCUUCCUCACCAUCGUGAUCCUCGCAUGUCGCCGGCGCAGAAAACAAUGGCGACAACAGGAACGGGCAAUGGAGACCCCAACAAUGACCGCUCUUCCUUCAGAGCUCCUGUUGGAUCGACUUCACCCAAACCCCAUGUAUCAGCGGGUUCCUUUGCUUCUCAACUCCAAGCUACUGGCGCUUGAAUACCCCAGGAAUAAUAUCCAAUAUGUUCGUGAUAUUGGAGAGGGAGCCUUUGGGCGAGUUUUCCAAGCAAGAGCCCCAGGCUUGCUACUGAUGGAACCUUUCACAAUGGUUGCUGUGAAGAUGCUCAAGGAAGAAGCCUCAGCAGACAUGCAGAAUGAUUUCCAGAGAGAGGCAGCACUCAUGGCUGAAUUUGACCAUAUCAACAUUGUGCGACUUCUAGGUGUAUGUGCAGUGGGUAAACCUAUGUGCCUGAUGUUUGAGUAUAUGGCCCAAGGUGACCUUAAUGAGUUCCUGCGACGUCGAUCUCCAACACAAUGCGUGCGAACGCUCAGCCUACCGAGCCUAUCGGGUCGCAGUUUUUCUUCGGAGAUGGAAGCAGGGCUCCUCUCUUGCCCUGAGCAGCUGUCAAUGUCCAAACAGAUUGCCGCAGGGAUGGCCUACCUAUCGGAGCACAAGUUUGUCCAUCGAGACCUUGCAACAAGAAAUUGCCUGGUCGGGGAGGAAAUGGUGGUGAAGAUUGCGGACUUCGGCCUCUCCAGAAACAUAUACUCGGCUGAUUACUACAAAGCCAACGAGAACGACGCCAUACCGAUUCGCUGGAUGCCCCCAGAGUCUAUUUUCUACAACCGUUACACCACUGAAUCAGAUGUUUGGGCAUAUGGCGUGGUGUUAUGGGAAAUUUUCUCCCACGGCAUGCAGCCAUACUAUGGCAUGGGACAUGAGGAAGUUAUUUACUAUGUCAGGGAUGGUCAUAUCCUUUCCUGCCCUGAGAACUGCCCUCUGGAGUUAUAUAAUCUAAUGAGGCUUUGUUGGAGCACACACCCAUCCGAUCGGCCUAGCUUCAGCAGCAUACAUCGAAUUCUGGAGCGGAUGGAUCAUAACAUGCAGAGUGCCAAUGCUGACACUGAGGCUGACUGUUAAUUUUUGUUAUACCUCCAACAAACCAUUAGGAUGGGAUUAAAUUUCCCACCAAGACACUGCAUAACUUCUGACACUCAGCAUUCACAGAAUAUUCAUAUUUUAAGGUUAUAUUAGUAAUUUAUUGAACAAGACACCAAAAAUAUCUUUCAUAUUUUAUCAUUGUCAUAAAAUGUAUGAAUAAUUUUGCAGAGCUUUUCAGAUUAGACUCCAAUAACCGAGGUGCACAAGUUUAGAAUAUUAUGAAGUCCUGACAGGAAAACCCCAAUACAGUACAUGGAACAAAAACAAAACAUUCACACUUUGUUAAAUCAUUCUGACAUCUCAGUUCCAUCUUUUCAAAGGUUGAAAGAAAUUCCACAUUGAUUUUGUUCCUGUGAUACUUGGUCAGUCAGGAUGUCUCUUAUUGAUGGCCACAAUAUAGACAACGGAAAAUUCGCUAAGAUUCUAAGUCGCAUCUAUUGACUUUGCAACUAACAGACUUGCAAUAUCAGAACUAUAUAAAACUCUAGAAACUCUCAAUUUGUAGCAUGAUGAAGGUUCGUCCUUUUGGGUGCUAGUGUGAUGAUACAGUAUAAGAUGAGUGGUAGUAAUACCACUCUGCAAAGAGGGUGAAACAACAAGUUUAAACACUCUGACAAAUAGGCAUGCAGUAUGUUUUUGUGUGGCAUUGAACUGUAAAAUGUUGCUGGCAAACCUCGCACACGUAACUUGACCCAGUGGCACUGAUUCACUUUAACCCAUGCUCUUGUUUUUUGUUAAUAUGACUAUAAUUCCAUCUGAUGCAUUGUAGACUAUUCUUAUAUUUUAUUUCUGUGUUGCACAUGUGUAUUUGUAUUAGCACACAAAUGUUAUUUGGCCAUUGCCAUUGCUAUACUGUACAUAUAUCUGGACAACAUUUACCCAUAUAUUUCUCACGCAUCAAAAUACCCAGGUAAACAUGAACAACAGUCAAAAUGUCUAUCUUUAAUUAGAAGAAACUCAUGAAUAUAUAGGAACUGUUUACCUUAGCAAAUGACACAUUCUUUAGCAUCAUUAUGCUAAGUCUAAGCAGUUGUGUAAAUUAUAAUUGUUGGUAAUUAUUGAAAGUGUUUAUCCCGUUAUAUUGAUUGCCUUUCAAAAAAUCUAAUUUAGGAUUAUAGUUGCUAUAUUUAAACUAAAAAAAACUAAACUAAAUAAUAAAUUUUCUCCCUUGUGUGAGCAAUGCAUUUGUGAUUUUUGUUUUAAAUAAUAUACAGUAUUAUGCAUUUAAUAUGAUGAUCUUUGUAUUGUUUGCAAAUUAAAAAAAAGUCAUUUUUACAUUUGGUAAGAUUAUGUGAUUUUGUGUUCAUUUUAUACUGCAAAUAUGUUGCAAAACAUAUCCUUUCCUGUUUUGUUUUUCCUCCUACCACAGUUAAAAACAACUUUGAUAUUUGUUCUAGCACACAUGGACAGUUAUAAAUAAAUGUCCAGUAUAUACUUGUAUUUGUAAAAAAAUAAAUGA